AAUGCCACAAUUCUCGAUCUUGCCGCUCCGCCAUCCUCUUGCCCAUCAUUCCACGCCUGGGCGCUAUCAUCCAUCUGAGCCCAGCUCAGCUCAGCUCACAUCUUUUCCUGCUCGAUUUGUGUUUCCAGGCACUCCCGGAUCUGACCUGGAUUCACCUUGGGAACAGGCAACAUUGGACCACCAACAUCACCAUCACCACCGGCCAGCUUGAGCAACAGCCUCAACCACAGCAGGUGCUGACUAUCACUACCACAGAGGCCGACAUUGACACCGAAAUCGCACUACCAAUAUCCAGUCUGCUUAAAUAUCACAUUUAAUCUAGCCUCCUUUCGGUCAUCGCAUGCGCGACGAUCGCUAGCUAAGGUAGCUAAGCCUCGCUGGCGGCGAGCCACCAAUCCCCAUCCAUCAUCAUGUUUGGAAGCUCCAGAAGAGGCCGAGCGCCAGUCAAGCCUCUGACAAAGGAGACGGCGAAUCCAAACGCGGCCACUGCCGCCGCAUCAGCAUUCAUGCGUCGCGAACCGUCAACGUCGUUAUCGUCAGCCGCCGCGGCCGCCGCCCUCAAGGCGCGGCCCAUGACACCGACAAAUGUCGCCGAAGCCCAAUCGAAGCGAUCCAUGCGACGCAGCGCCUCUGUCUCUUCGACAAACAGCCGUGGUCGGCCCCAGAGUCGCUCAACCGACCUGCGCAGAUCCCCCAGCACGGGUUCCAUGACCGAGCGCACAUUCCGAAGUCCCUCGCCAGGCCGUAGCCCAGCGCCCCGGCAGGUCGACGUGCCUCCUGUACCGAGACUCCCCAAGACCGUCCAGCGACCGGCGAGCUCGCACAAUCCCGCCGGCCUGACCAUCCAAACCCAACCCUUCCGAACGGCCAGCCAGAAAGCGCAAGAUGGCAACAGCCAGGGGUCUUGGUUUUCAGCUCCUGCCAAUCGAGCCAGCGCCAGCGCGCGACACUCGCAGCAGGUGCUGGAGUACACCCCGGCUUACGAUGACGAUGAUGGGAGCAUAAGCCCGUCCAUCAACUUCUCGUAUCCACGAUCGCGCAUGGAGUCCCCCUCGCCGUCACCCACAGGGAAGCAGAUGGUGUACGACGCAAAUUCACGACGUAUGGUCCCCAAGGCCGAGCUGCGGCAUAGGUCUCAGAGCGCGCGCCCCUCGCCCGAUAAGCCGGUCAAGGCCAGCAAAUCCGGCGUAUCAAGGAGCGGCUCACAUCUGGACAAGGGCACAAUCAGCCGGAUUAGGGGGACCGCUGUUGAGUCGCCUUCGCCACGUGUUACAGCAUCGCGAGACUCAACACCGCCAGCGCAGCGACAGAGGGCUGGGUCGCAGCCGCAACCAGUGGUACGAUCUGCACAAGCACCAAAUCAACAUGCAGGAUCUAGCUUGUCUAGGGAAGAGACCUUGGUCGAACCCGAGGCGCAAAGGCAGCCCGUUUCUGCGACAGUCCCAGUUACCCCCCAACGUGCAGUUGCCGAGCAGCCCCGCGAAGUGAAGAACACCGAGCUCGAAAACGCGGCGAUCGAUGCUGUCCCUGUGCGAUCACAUCGAGCACCACAGGCCGCGCUGGCCGCUUUCGCUAGCGAUCCGAAGAGAGAAAGCGUCCGACGAGCACGGGUGCAGUCAGAAAGUCCUGCACGUAGCCCGGCAAGGUCUGCUCAUUUUGCUCCCACUGCCAAUCAGUUGCUCGUCAGACAUGAGCCGCCGCCCCGAUCGUUAUCGCCUCGAAAAUCAGCGCUGAAGAACUCUAGUAAUGCAAGGGGCGCUUCUCCGUCGGACGAUGGAUCGGAGGUCUCGGAGGCAUUGAAUGGCGGCGAUCCGAAAGAAGAGAUCAGUCGCAAGAAGAGCUUCAGAGUCAGCUUCAAUGAUGAGAGCAAUGUUGUCGUUGGGGAGUCGGCAGAACCCCCAGAGGUCGAUUCUCCCAUUGUACCGAGCCCGCAACAGGCGACCAAGAAGACGUGGCACAGCAUCCUGAACCGGCAUAAGAAAGAAGCUUCCAAGCUCGACGAGGACGAGACUAUGGGCCCGAGACCUGCUCUGCCACUGUUCGGAAGUGUUCGCGAGAAAAAGACCAGGGAGGCCGAGACUAAUGAGCGCCCGCUCGUUCGACCCGGCGAGCGAGCGUUUUCUCCAUCUCCUGUACCCUCGCCCCUCCGCAGGGCAUCGGCUGAAGCGGAAGCUGAGACUGUUGGCAAUUCUAAUGACUCUGCCAUUGGCUCUGUGCUAUCGUCAGAAUCGCCGUCUAGGAACGAGGCGAACAUUUCGCGAGCUAGGGAGCCCUUGCCGCCCGUGGUGACAUCUGUCGAGGGGUCCGGAUACGACAGCAGCAGCUUCAUGGACACAGACGACGACGAGGUGGAUCACACAAACGCCACAGACACCACGGAGGUGUCGCAGCAAGUGCCCGAGACAGUCCAUACCAACGGAAACGUUGUGCAUGAAAAGACAGAGGACGCAAAAGCCGACGGAGACAUUCCCUCAAUCUCUAUCAGCGGCCCAAGUCCUGCUGCUCGGGACUCGGGCGAAAACUCUCCUGAGGCGGAGUACUUUGACGUCCCUGGUGGAUUUCCUGACGAUGUCGACACGACAGUUGCUCCCAAGCCAGAAACUGUUGAAAUUCAUGAGGAGACGCAAGCUCCUAUCCCCCUUACCGCCACAGCUGUGUCGAACGUCGUCAUGAACGAUAUUAUCGAAGAGGAAGAAUCCGAGAACAGCAGCAUCUACAGUGACGCUUAUGAGGAUAUUUCUGAUGCUGAAGAUGGCGGCUUCAUGUCCUUGAAUGCCGUCCUGACCGCUCCGGCCGACUCCAAAGUCUCGAGACUGUAUCAAAAGACGAAGAGGAAGUCGCAAGAAAGCACGCGCCCCGCUGUCACGGACCUCGAGAAGGGAGCCAACGGACAAGAGCCUGCCGCCACUCAAGAUGAUUGGGAGAAUGCGAAGACUUACUGGCGCAGUCUUUCGGUGGAUAAGCGCCGGCAGCUUGAAAAGGAGGCGUUGGAAGAGGCUGGUGAAGAUGCGGACCAGGAAGAAUCGGCAGCAAAACCUAAGAAGAACAAGAAGAGGCGAUCAACCGACCGCCCCGUGUCCACAUCGAGCAUCGCGAGCUCUCACAACCCUGACAGGAUUUAUCAGAUUAUGCCAGGAACGAGCUGGGCUCACGAGGAUGCUUCCCAGCAACCAACCGCGGAUGCGCCUGCUCCUCCCUUAGCGGAAGCCCCCGUGCCGAAGCUUAAGAAGUCCAUGCGUGGUGAGCGGCCGUCCCCAGUAGAUGCGGCGCGCAGCCCUCAGACCAACGGGACUAUGCGCACGACCAUGCGCGCUAAUGGUGGCGCCUCUGCUGGAGCUCGCGAGCCAGCACAUGCGCGGGCAAGCAGCGCUCGUCCUGCCUCGUAUCAGCCUUCUCUGUCGUCCGAAGUGGCCAGGAACACAUUGGCUAACCGCAGGACGCAUUCCACGGACUCACGUCCAUCGUCAUCUGCGGGCCCUUCGACUGCUGGCGUUGCACCGACUCUGCGCAGACGUGGCUCGGACUCGAGCGAGAGCAGCUUCAGACGUGCUCGGCCCGCGAGCCAGGGCUUUGGCUUCAGGAGCUCCAUGAGAUCCGCGCCCGAGCCUGCAGUGUCUCCCGAGCCCACGCGGGGCAGCAGUCGCUUUAGCAUCCGGUCUCUAUCCCCCACAGGGUCGGCUUUUGGCCGCCGCAGCUUCAACCCGCCACCGGCCCAAGCGCCAAUGAGUGGAAGCCGCAUGCGUACUUCCAUGCGCCUCGCCAACAGUCAGCCAAAGGAAUCCAAGAUGAAGCUCUCGCCCUUUGGCAAGAAGAACAAGGGUGGUAGCCGGUUUGCCGAGUCGAGCGAUGAAGAGGAGAGCGGUGUUGGUAGUCGCUUUGCGAGCAGGCGGACACGCGACUACUCUAGCGACGAAGAGGACGUCGCCCGUCCUCCACCGCAACGUGGUCUCUCCUUCAAAUCGAUGCGCUCCACCAACGGCGCCAAAUCCGCGGCUGCUGCUGCCUCAGGCUUCCCAUCGAAGCCUGCUCGCGCCCCUUCGCCUGAUCUCCCUGACAGCGAUGAUGAGAUCGUUCAGCCCAAGCGUCACACAACCAUCGGUGCUGUCAAUGGCCGCCAGACGGGUACGCUGCAGAGGAGCCGUUCUGGCCGGGGGAGCUUCCCUCCACCUGCCAGCCCGGGCUACAUAGCUGCGGAUGGUCUGGGACAAAGACCGGCGCACCAACGCAGAGGAAGCUUCAUGUCCAACAUCCUCCGUCGCAAGAAGGACAGCUCGAGCAUGAUUACCCGAGACGUCAGCGAGAGCGCGGCUCGUCGGGAUACGCGCCUCGAGCGCAGCCAAGAGGAGCUCAACAUUAUCCGCCAUGACAGUGGACGUUUGCAGAAGACCCAGCCCAGCUGGCCGUUGCCCGACGGCAAUGUCACAGCUGCACCGCAGCGUCCCUCCACCUCCGCAGGCCCAUCGCCCGGCGGUCUCAAGAUGGGCUUCCUGAAAAGACGAAGCGUAUCCCACCAGGGCGCGACAACCACCGCCUUCCCAGAGGAAGGCAGAAAGAAGAAGUUUGGCAAGCUGCGGAAGAUGUUCGGCCUCAAUGAUUAGUGUGGCUGCGGCUGAGCGCUCCUCCGCCUCUCACUCUCUUUUCAAUUUUCAUUUUUCUUGUUGUAUAUCCAUCCUCAUGCGGAAAGACAUCAUGGUACCUGGGAGAACACAUGAAGAAUAUGCGUUGCUGAACAGUGUCUCUUAUUCACUCAUUAUACCUUUUUUUUACCUCCCAUUUUUUUACCUAUUCUCAUCUGGGAGAGCGACUUUGUUUGAUUGGGCAUGGUUCAAUGGGGAAAAAUACAACCAGAGACAUUCACGCAUACUGGGAGGAGAUAUCCUUGUCUGGACUGGACUGAAUGGAUGAAUGGAUGGAUGGAUACACAAGUGGAACAUGGCAAAGAUGUUUGGAAAUAGAUCGAUACGAUAUCACGCUCAC